CCAAUCGACAAAAACUUUCCUUAUGACUGUGGAAAAGAGGAAUCCAGGAAAAACACGAGAAAUAAGCUUCUUCACGUCACCCGACAUUUUGGAUCUUCGAAGUAAAGGAAUUUUUGCAAUUAUCUGCUCAUCGUUGACAAUACACUACUGUUUUUUGAUAGCAGGUAUUCCGCCUUGGAUGAUCAUAAUCCAGCCCAGCACUGUUGCCAGCCACAAAACGCCAGUCAUGAAAAUUUCAUCGUCUACAACCCGUCAGGCUACGACAGGUUUGGUAGAAUGCAACCAAUAACGCCUACGAAUGCUAUGAUGCAGUAAGAGAAAAACUUUGACCAAAUCAAAUGGCCAACAAAAAGCCUCCCAGUAGUAUAAUGCACGCUUGAACGCA